AUGAGUACUACAACUGCACCUAAACAACACCAAAAAGGUGAAAUGAAAGAAGGAAAAGAAGGAGAAAAAAAUAUUAGACAAACUAAUAUCAUUGCUGCUAAAAGUGUGGCUGAUGCAGUUCGUACAUCACUUGGACCAAGAGGAAUGGAUAAAAUGAUUAUUUCACCUAAUGGAGAAACAAUCAUUACCAAUGAUGGAGCAACUAUUAUUCAACAAUUAAAACUUCAACAUCCAUGUGCAUUAAUGAUGUCAGAAUUAUCUAAAUCACAAGAUAUUGAAGCAGGUGAUGGAACAACUACUGUAACUAUUCUAGCUGGAGCUAUGUUAUCAGCAGCAAAUAUCCUUUUAAAUAAAGGAGUUAAUCCAUCAGUAAUUGCUCGUGCAUUCCAUUUAGCAUCAGCCAAAUCAGCAGAGAUAUUAAAAGAAGCAUCAAUUCCAAUUGAAUUAACCGAUCGAGAGAGUUUAUUAAAAGCAGCAAAUACAUCACUUAAUUCUAAAGUUGUAAAUCAAUCAAGUCAAAUAUUUGCACCAAUUGCUGUUGAUUCAGUAAUGAAAGUUAUUGAUAUUAACACAGCAAGAAAUGUUGAUUUAAGAAAUGUUAGAAUAACAAAAAAGAUAGGAGGAACAAUCGAUGAUACAGAACUUAUUGAUGGACUUGUAUUCCUUCAAAAAGCAUCACAUGUUUCAGGAGGACCAACUCAUGUUGAAAAAGCUAAAAUUGGAGUAUGUCAAUUUUGUAUUUCACCACCAAAAACUAAUAUGGAUGGAAAUGUAGUAAUUACAGACUAUGCACAAAUGGAUAAAGUUUUAAAGGAAGAACGAGCAUAUACAUUAAAACUUUGUCGUGCUAUUCAAAAAAGUGGAUGCAAUGUAUUGUUAAUACAAAAGUCUAUUUUACGUGAAGGAGUUAGUGAUUUAGCACUUCAUUUUCUUGCUAAAUUAAAAAUUAUGGUAGUUAAAGAUAUUGAAAGAGAUGACAUUGAAUUUAUUUGUAAAACAAUUAAUGCAGUUCCAAUUGCUAGUAUUGAAGGAUUUACUGAAGAUAAAUUAGGAUAUGCUGAAAAUGUAGAAGAAGUUAGCAUUGAAGAUGAAGAUAAAAUAGUUAAAAUUACAGGUGUUAAAGGAACUGCGCCAUGUGUUUCAGUUCUUGUUAGAGGAGCAAAUAGAUUAGUUCUUGAUGAAGCAGAAAGAUCAUUACAUGAUGCAUUGUGUGUUGUUAGAUCAUUAGUAAAAUGCAAAUAUUUAUGUCCAGGAGGUGGAGCCAUGGAAAUGGAAUUAUGUUGUAAAUUAAAACAAUGGGCAGAAACAUUAAAAGGAGAAUAUGGAUUGUGUGUUAAAGAAUAUGCAGAAGCAUUUGAAAUUAUUCCAUAUACACUUGCAGAAAAUGCAGGAUUAAAUCCAAUGGAAUUAGUAACUCAAUUAAAAUUAGCUCAUUUAAAUGGAGAAAAGAACGCUGGUAUUUCAAUGAGAAGAGACAAUAAAGUACAAGGAAGUGUUGAAGAUAUGAACUCACUUAAUGUAGUCAAUCCAUUAUUAGUAUUCUUAUCAGCAGUAAAACUCGCUACAGAUACAGUUGCAUUAAUAUUAAAAAUUGAUAACAUUGUUGUUGCAAGAUGA